AGAAGUCAGUAGUUUGUUUAGAUUUUUAUUUUUGUUCGGACGUUGAAGCUACAAAGACUAAACUGGCUUUGUAUCCCUGCCAUCUGAUGAACAUGCUCAACACUACUACUCUACCACAGUAGAGGACCACCUCAACACUACUACUCUACUACAGAUGACAUCUUUGGCUCUGUGCCAGAGCAACUAAGGAGGACUGAUGCUUCGCUUUAACAAAACAGCGGUUCUGGCCCUCCUCAUAGCUACCAGCUCUGUUUUCCUCCUAUUUCAGCUCUAUCACUACAGACAGCACGUCUCUCAGAAUGGACCACAUAUCUUUGGCAGGACAGUUCAUCUGUCAGGAAAGGAUACUCAAUGGCAGGUGGUGAAGAAGUUCAUGGGUCUUGUCCAUAAGUACAACAUGCCAGUGUUCCUGGUGGACACAGCCUCCCUAGGCCUCCUGUCUCAGGACUCUAUGCUGCUGAGAGACAGCCUGGUUAAAGAACCCCACUGUGCUUUCCUCUGCACUAACAGAGACGUCCUCACCUUCGCUCUGCUCAACAACCUUUGGAAAUACGACGCUGGUUUGGUGGCAGCAGCUGAAGAGAAGGGCUUUGAACUGUUGGAGGUGCGAGGGAAAGACCCUCGAUUGGUCAGCAUGGACGACCUGUCAGGAAACGAGAUCCCCCUCCACUUCCUGUUCCGUCUCCAAGGUUACGUGGUCCAUGUGGUGGUCCUAUACGAGCGCAGCGGGAACUACCUGUGGCAUGGUGUCCUGCGACUCAAACCAAACAUGGACAGGAAGUUCGCCCCAUUCAGAAGGCUGGACUACGGCCGCAACGCUGGAGCCUAUGACAGGCCAGAGCUGGUACUGACCACCUUGGACGGGCUAGAUGUCCGGAUCCCCAGGAACAUCUCUGGAUUCCUGACUGAAUAUUCCCACGCUCGUUUUCUGGAGUGUAGGUACAGAGAUGCACGCUCCUUCUUCCAGCUGUACCCUGAUGACACGUCUCCUGAGGCAAUGAACUUCAGGAUGAAGGCUAAGGCUCUGCUCCACCUCGCUGCCAGGAUCCUCACUGAGCUCAGAGUCCCCUUCUGGCUGAGCAGUGGUACCUGCUUGGGUUGGUUUCGGCAGUGUGGCGUCAUUCCCUACAGUAAAGAUGUGGACCUGGGCAUCUGGAUUAAAGACUACAGACAUGAUAUCACUCAAGCUUUUCAAAAGGCUGGCCUUCCGUUGAAACACAAGUUUGGAAAGGUGGAGGAUAGCCUGGAACUUUCCUUCCAGGGUUUGGAUGUUAAACUGGACAUUUUCUUCUUCUAUGAGGAAACAGACGUUGUGUGGAACGGAGGAACCCAAGCUAAGAGUGGGAAGAAAUUCAAGUAUGUGUUCCCCAAGUUUACGCUCUGCUGGACUGAGCUGAUGGACCUAAAGGUGCGUGUCCCCUGUGAGACGGUAGACUAUGUGUCAGCUAACUAUGGGCCUACCUGGAACACACCUGUAAAGACCUGGGACUGGAAGAGCUCUCCGCCCAACGUGCAGGACAACGGGGUGUGGCCUGUCAGGGAGUGGGAUGAGGUCAUCCAGGUGUACUGAUGUAAUACUACACUACAUAUGAGUA